AUGCCCAACCAGAAUGCCGCUGUGAAGAAACUCCAGGCUGUGCUCGCUAUUCCAAAUCAACCCCUUCCAAAAACCAAUGCCAAGUCAGCUUUGGUAGAAAACGAGUAA